CUCAGUUUCUGAAGAGAAGCACCCUGCACAGUUCUUCUGAGUUUUGGACCUAGGUCUACAACCAUGAAGGUAGCAAUUAUCUUUCUUCUCAGUGCUUUGGCCCUGCUCAGUUUAGCAGGUAACCCUCCAGCUGAGGUGAAUAGAAAAACGCCUAAUUGCCCUAAGGAAAUUAUGGGAUGUCCCAGGAUUUAUGACCCUGUGUGUGGGACUAACGGAAUUACUUACCCCAGUGAAUGCAGUCUGUGCUUUGAAAACAGGUGGGUUGGUGUCUCUAUCACUGCACUGGGAUUACUGCCUGGCUACCUGAAGAAGGUUGCCUCUUCCAGCUCCAUAUAUAGUGAGUCACAGAUACGGUCACUCACAUUGAUUCUUGGGCAUCUCCCUUAUUCCAUGUCUUUAUCUUCUCCUGGAGAUAACACUCCCACACCUCACCCCCAUCAAUAA